UCUGCUGUCAGCUUCAGGGACUGCAGUGAUUUACUGCUGGGGCGGAUGGGGAGCUCUGCGUUUAUGUAAUAUAAUAGAUCCGUGGGUGGAAAUGUCUCUGUAGGAAGGGGCAGAUGCUUCAGGUUGUUUCCUUUUUGUUACUUUUUAUUUUUUUCCUUUUUCCUUUAAUUUUUGCCCUAUUUUUCUCCCUGGAACCCUCAGUUCCCGGGCACUGCUGCCCUUCUCUGAGCCAAAACCCAGCUAUGUUUCUGCACUGAGGAACAGCCUUCUGUUCAUUGUCUUAACGGUGUUCCCCCCUUGCAACAAAUGCUUCAUCGGGAGGCAGCAUCUGCGUGCUGCGUGUGGGAUGAAGGUGUGUUUGACGCUUUGUACUGAGUAAGCAGCUUCCAUAGGAGCUCAUGUAUUUGCAGCCCUAUUUCGGCUUUUAUCGGCAACGAUGAAGCAAGACCUGAUACUUGAUUCAGAGUCCUCCUCCUCUUGCUUGAAGACAUUCCUCACCAGCGUCACAGGGAGCUCUGGGAACCCUUCCCUUCCUCCGAACUGUGGGCAUGGGUGGCAAACAGUCCACAGUCGGCGAGGUCUCCAUAAAUCAGACACCUGUGACAGAGAGCAUUCAGGCUGCUUACAAAGCUGGAGACGCCGCUAAAGCCCAAGAGCUGAUUAAGUUGUCAUGUGAGGAGGCUGCACUGCAGGUGGAAAAGUGUCAGCUUUUAGGUAUUGCAGCAGCAUAUGGAGAUCUGCAGGCAGUGAGGUAUUUACUGAAGGAAGCAUUAGUGGUGUUACCAACUGAACCUAAUGAUGACAACGCAGCUGUGGUGGCCACCUAUUUUGGACAUAGGGAUGUUGUGAAAGAACUGCUGGAUUCCCUGCGUGGUCCCAAUACUUGCCAACAGCUCCUGAACUGGAUGCUGGCCAUCGCCUGCCAGCAGGGACAUUUGGACAUAGUGAAACUCCUAAUUCGUGCAUACAGUGCUGACCCCGAGAGCUGUGCUGUCAGGAGGAAUGAGUUUCCAGUUCUUAUACGAUUGCCUCUGUAUGCUGCUAUAAAGGCAGGGAAUGAAGAUGUGGCUGUGUUCUUACUGCGGAAUGGGGCUUUCUUUUGUUCCUACAUCCUGAUGGACAGUCCUGAAUCCAGCAAGCACCUUCUGAGGAAGUACUUCAUUGAGACCAGCCCGCUACCAGGUAGUGCUCCAGCAAAAACAGCUUUGUGUGUGAACUGGUCAAACCUCAAACUGCCCUGGGUGGAUCUGGACUGGCUGAUUGAUAUCUCCUGUCAGAUAACAGAGCUUGAUCUGUCUGCCAACUGCCUCGUCUCCCUUCCAUCUGUGAUCCCAUGGGGCCUGAUGAACCUGAGGAAGCUCAGCCUGGCUGACAAUCAGCUGGCAGAGUUACCCAGCGUACAGUCAUCCGAUGAGAUUAUAUGUACAAGGUUACUUGAGGUCGAUGUAUCCAGCAACAAACUUUCUACUCUCCCUUCUGGAUUCCUACAUCUUAAAAACCUUAAAAAACUCAACGCUGCCAAAAACUAUAUGGAGAAGUUAUUUGACGAGGAAAACACAACUAAUUGGAUUGGCUUAAGGAAGCUGCAGGAGUUUGACGUCUCUGACAACAGGUUGGUGGAAGUUCCAACGGCUUUUCUAUACUGCUUCAAGUCCCUAAACAUACUGAAUGUUUCCCGAAAUCAGCUGAAAGUGUUUCCAGAUCCCUGGGCCUGCCCCUUGAAGUGUUGCAAAGCAUCCAGAAACUCACUGGAAUCCCUACCUGAUACAUUCACUGUGUUCUGGAAAAAUCACCUCCGAGAAGUGGAUUUUUCAGAGAAUUCACUUAAAGAAGUUCCACCGGGGCUCUUCCAGCUUGAAGCUUUGGUGUCCCUGAAGUUGCUGGGAAAUCACUUAACUGUGUUACCUUCGCAAGAUAAGUGGAAUUGCAAGCAGCUGAAAUCACUGGAUCUUUCAAAAAACCAGCUUGGGAAGAAUGACGAGGGAUAUAGAACAAAGCGGAUUCCCUUUUUCACCACGAGGAGCAGGGUGCGUGGAGGCCCAGAGGCAGGUCCUUUUGUGGAGUUCCCAGCAUUUCUGAGUGAUUCUCUGGAAGUCCUUUAUCUGAAUGACAAUCAGCUGGAGUCCGUCCCGCAGUCCGUUUGCCUUCUGAAAGGUUUAACAGAACUUUAUUUGGGAAAUAACCCUGGUAUCCGAGAGCUUCCUCCAGAACUUGGACAGCUGGCUAAUCUCUGGCAGCUGGAUAUCGAGGAACUAAGUAUCAGCAAUGUUCCUGCAGAGAUCAGAAAGGAGGGCCCUAAAACAGUGCUGGCGUACCUACGAGCACAGCUGCGCAAAGCAGAGAAGUGUAAGCUGAUGAAGAUGAUCGUCAUUGGUCCUCCACGGCAGGGAAAGUCAACUCUGGUUGAGAUCCUCCAGACAGGAAAAGUCCCUCAGAUGAUGCACAGUGACGCCACUAUACGUACAACAAAAUGGGAGCUACCCAAGCCAGUGGGACACAAGGCAAAGGUUGAUUCAGUGGAGUUCAAUGUCUGGGAUAUCGGAGGCCCGGCGAGCAUGUCUACAGUCAAUCAGUGUUUCUUCACAGACAAAGCAUUGUAUAUAGUUGUAUGGAACUUGGCACUGGGGGAAGAAGCUGUGGCAAACUUACAGUUCUGGUUGCUGAAUAUUGAGGCCAAAGCUCCAAAUUCAGCAGUGUUAGUGGUAGGAACACACCUUGAUUUAAUUGAAACCAAAUUCCGUGUCGAGAGGAUAGCAACGCUGAGGGCUUAUGUCCUGGCUCUCUGUCGCUCUCCAUCUGGAUCCAGAGCAACUGGUUUCCCAGAUAUCACAUUCAAGCACCUGCAUGAGCUCUCAUGUAAGACUUUGGAAGGCCUCGAUGGACUCCGACAGCUGAUUUUCCAUGUCACUUGCAACAUGAAGGACGUUGGCAGCUCAAUUUGCUCGCAGAAACUUGCCGGGAGAUUGAUUCCAAGGAGUUACCUUAGUCUUCAAGAAGCCGUCCUUGCAGAACAGCAUAAAAGAAAUCAGAAUGAUGAUGUGCAGUAUUUAACAGACAGACAGAUAGAGCUGAUCAUUGAGCAAACCCCUGGAAACGAUAUCAAAGAUUAUGAGGACUUACAGACUGCAAUUAAUUUCCUCAUAGAAACAGGUACACUACUGCAUUUCCCAGACACAAGCCACGGCCUGAGAAAUCUCUAUUUCCUUGACCCCGUCUGGCUCUCUGAGUGUCUGCAGAGGAUUUUCAACAUCAAGAGCUCCAAGUCUGUAGCUAAAAACGGAGUCAUCAGAGCUGAGGAUCUCAGGAUGCUGCUAGUUGGGACGGGCUUCACUGAACAAACUGAAGAGCAGUACUUCCAGUUCUUGGCCAAGUUUGAAAUUGCCCUGCCAGUAGCCAAUAACAGCUACCUCCUCCCUCAUCUGCUACCUACCAAACCAGCGUUAGAUAUCCAUGGGUUCUGCCACCAGACCACAAACACCAUCCAAAGGGUCUUCAAGAUGAGUUUUGUCCCAGUUGGCUUCUGGCAAAGAUUCAUUGCACGAAUGUUAAUUAGCCUGGCAGAGAUGGACCUCCAGCUGUUUGAAAACAAGAAGAACACCAAGACAAGAAACAAAAAGGUGACCAUCUACAGCUUCACAGGCACCCAAAGAAACCGCUGCAGCACGUUCCGAGUCAAAAGGACUCACACUGUUUACUGGCAGGAAGGUCUGUUCGUUACCUUUGAUGGAGGCUAUCUUAGUGUUGAGUCUUCUGAUGUCAACUGGAAAAAGAAAAAAAGUGGGGGAAUUAAAAUCAUUUGCCAGUCAGAAGCGAGAGACUUUUCAGCCAUGGCGUUCAUCACUGACCAUGUCAACUCUUUGAUAGACCAGUGGUUUCCUGCACUCACAGCCACUGAGAGCGACGGUACAUUGCUGAUGGAGCAGUAUGUGCCCUGCCACAUCUGUGCUGCUUCCAGGCUGGAGGAUGAGUGUGGCGAGAAGGCAGAGGAUGCACAGUACUUCAACAUGGAGGACUGUGUGCUGACUGCCAUCGAACUGGACUACAUCACAUGCCCUAACCACCCCGACAUCCCUGUUUCUCUCCAAGAGCUGGUCCCAGAGCUCUUCAUGACAGAUUUUCCUGCCAGAUUGUUCUUGGAAAACAGCAAACUGGAAUGUAGUGAAAAUGAAAACAACGUUCUUGGCCAGGGUGGAAGUGGGACCGUUAUAUAUCGGGCACGAUACCAAGGAAAACCAGUGGCUGUGAAGAGAUUUCAGAUCAAAAAAUGCAGUGGUUCUCCCACUUCAGCUGCAGAUACCAUGCUGAAACACCUGAGGGCCAUGGAUGCCAUGAAGAACUUCUCUGAGUUCCGCCAGGAAGCCAGCAUGCUCCACUCGCUGCAGCACCCCUGCAUUGUCUCCCUCAUUGGCAUCAGCAUCCACCCACUCUGCUUUGCACUGGAGCUGGCCCCUCUGGGCAGCCUCACCACUGUCUUAUCUGAAAACUCCAAAGGGUCUUCCUUUGUGCCACUGGGACACAUGCUGACACACAAAAUAGCCUAUCAGAUUGUCACCGGCCUUGCCUACCUGCACAAGAAGAACAUCAUCUUUUGUGACCUGAAGUCAGACAAUAUCUUGGUGUGGUCCCUGGAUGUCAAGGAGCACGUCAAUAUCAAGCUGUCUGACUACGGGAUCUCCCGGCAGUCGUUCCAUGAAGGAGCACUCGGGGUGGAAGGCACACCAGGCUAUCAAGCCCCUGAGAUCAGACCUCGCAUAGUCUAUGAUGAGAAGGUUGACAUGUUCUCCUAUGGAAUGGUGCUGUACGAGUUGCUGUCUGGUCAGCGGCCUGUGCUGGGGCAGCACCAACUGCAGAUAGCAAAGAAGCUGUCAAAAGGAAUCCGUCCCGUUCUUGGUCAGCCAGAAGAGGUGCAGCUGUAUAGGAUGCAGGCACUCAUGAUGGAGUGCUGGGACACUAAGCCAGAAAAGCGUCCGCUGGCCAUGUCUGUGGUAGGACAGAUGAAAGAUCCCACCUUCGCAACAUUCAUGUACCUGCUGCCCUGUGGGAAGCAGUCUUCUUUCUUCUGCUCCCAAGGACAGGAAUACACUGUGGUUUUCUGGGAUGGGAAGGAAGACACCAGAAACUACACGGUGGUGAAUCCAGAAAAAGGGGUCAUAGAAGUGGAGAGGAUGAGCUGCCCCGGCAUGAAGCUGUGCUGCCAGCUGAAAUUUCAGAACACACUCUGGGCUGCUACGGAGGACCAGAAGAUCUCAGUGUACAGGCUGCAGGGCAUGUGUCCUCUGAAGGCCCCGCAGAAGGGUUUGGACUCUCCUGCUGCUGUCAGCUGCUUCCUGGUGAUUCCUGUUAUCAAAAAGAACUCGUACAUGGUGCUGGCCGGCCUGUCAGAUGGACUCGUAGCCGUGUUCUCAGUGGCCCAGGGCAUCCCAGCAGACAGCUGCUCCUACCUGUGCUCUCACACAGCCAACAGGUCCAAAUUCAACAUUCCUGAUGAUGACCCGCGGCAGAACCCGUAUCCAGUGAGAGCUAUGGAGAUCACCAACAGCGGCACGGAGGUGUGGUACAGCAACGGCCCCGGCAUCCUCGUCAUCGACUGCACCACGAUGGAGAUCAGCAGGAGGCUGGAGCCCUUCAGCCCACCCUCUGCCAUCUCAUCCAUUGCCUGCAACUCAGAGUGCCAUGGGGAGGAGGUGGUGUGGUGUCUGGAUGAGAAAAGCAACUUCUUGGUGAUGUACCACGCCGCCACCUACCAGCUCUGUGCACGCUACUUCUGCGGGGACUGCAGCCCCCUCCGAGACAUGUUUGCCAUCCAGCAGCCUGCCACAGCCAUCCCUGCUACUGCUCCUAUCAACCCCAGGACGCUGGAGGGGAACUCGCUGAUGGACAUGAGCAUCAUCUACAGCCCCGAGGUUGGCACCCAGAUCCUCAACCACCAGGACUCACUCACAGACUAUUGCUCCGUGUCCUCCUACUCCUCCUCACCUCCCAACAGGUUAACCCGCUGUCCCUCCAGCCUGCCCAGCUCUCCCACCAGCUCUUCCAGUGCUCCACUCUCUACAGAUUUCGAGGAGUCGGGCAAGUUUCAUGAACUGAAGCCUUCCCCAGAUCACGACGCUGUACCUAUGGGUGACAACUCACAGCAUCUCCAAGCCGUCAAGAUUCUGCCUGUGAAAGACCUCAUAUGGAUCCCCAGGAGAGGAGGGGAUAUCAUCGUGAUUGGACUGGAGAAGGAAUCGGGCAUGCAGCGGGGCCGAGUGAUCGCCGUGCUGAAGGCCGGGGAGCUGGCUCCCUAUGGGACGCUGGUGGAUGCUGCUCUCGUAGCAAAGGACACGGUUGUGUGCUGCUUUCAGAAUGAAAACACCGAGUGGUGCCUGGCUGUCUGGAGGGGCUGGAGUGCCAGAGACUUUGACGUUUUCUACCAGGCCUACGAAGAGCUGGGACGGCUUGAAACUUGCAUGAGGAAGAGGAGGUAGUGCUCGUGGCACUGGAAACCGAGGGCUGAUGGAAGAGGGGAAGCGUCCUGCCCUGAGCAUGCAGCCCCACACGGGGAGGGGAUGGGGUGCACAGGGACAGUGUACCACUGUUUGCUGCUAAGGAGCUGCAUGGGGUUUUGGCAGCAGAGCCCAGCAGGGCUCUGGGGGCAGCCCAGCAGGGGCAGGAUAUGGGCGCUGGGCGCUCUCUGUGCAGCUGAGUGCAGGAGGUGGCUGCAGCUCGGGGAGUGAGCGAGCUAUUGAAUUGCACUCCUGCAAAGUCAGUUGUAAAAUAGAGCUGAUACAAAGCAAAGCCACUUGGGCUGACAGCUACUUCCUGAUGGGAGAGAAGGGAGAGCUCUGUGACCAGGGAAGCCCAUAAGCUGCCUUUGUUCUGCUCCUCUUUCUCUGGGUAACUACACUCUGGAGUAUCAGGAGCACAAUAAGUUUCAUUUGCCUGUGUAUCUGCUCAGCUUCCGCCGCCGCAGCUUUUAGUUUGUCUUCAUUAGUGGCCCAGGAUGCUUUAUGGGCUCUGAGUUGCACUUCCUAAUUCCGAGCAUGUACAGCGCUGUAAAAGGAGCCUGGCUCCGUGCCCUGUGUAAAGGUGUACAGUUUGGACAUUUUGUUGUUUUUCUAUUCCAAGAAACUUCUGUGAGCAUCGGCUGCGCGGGCCGAGGCCGUGCGGGCAGGUCUGGUUCAUGUCCCUGUUGCAGGCUGCUACGACACACUUUGUCUCUAAAGAGGGGUGUCUUCAAAUAAACAGAUUCCUCCCUGCCUUGGCACUGUGA